AUGGCACGAGAUGUCCGCGGCUUGCCAGGUUUGCCCGGGACCUCGCUGCAAGCGUUGGCAGGGGUGCCAGGACCUGACGAUCCUAGUUUUUCCAGAGAUCCUGAGCCCUUAGAGGGCAGCAAACUGGGCGACCUCCUGAAAAGCCAGCUGGUGGAGCUGGGCAAUUUCGUUGGUGGCCUGAAGCUGCGCAAGGCCCCCGACCCGACGCUUGCAGACGCAGCAGAUCUGGAUACUUGGACCUCGGAGUGGAACCCAAGAACGACUCCAACGCAAGAAGCGCUGCGAUCCCUGGAUGCGAAUCUUGGGGAUCUGCUUCCUGCCACCAGGUCCCGAGACCUGCGAAGCCUUGGCGGUGCAAGCCCCAUGAGUUCCAAGAGCCAAGUGACCAGCUUUCACAGCCCGGCCAGCUCAGGCUUGGCCUACGAGCUGGAAGUGUUGCGCUUGCAAAUUGCGGCUUUGGCGCAGUCACUGGCCGGUCUUGGAGCUUGCGUCAUGAACUGGUCUUUAGAACUGGCCCUCCCGCGCCGGCACGAGCUGGCGGAUAUGGUUUUGCGGUAUACGCUGCCCUGCGAGCAUCUCAGCAAAGAACUGAAGGAGCUCUGCCGAGACUUGCAAUCCAUGGAGCUCUUCUCGGAAGAGAAAUUGCCGAAUCUACAGGACCCCAGAUUGCAGGAUCGGAGCGAGAAGGCUGUGGAGAAGCCGCUGACUCUGGGGGGCCUGCAGCAGAUGCUCCUGCAGCAGAAACAUGCGCAGGAGGAGCACCUUCUUCAACGUUGUCAUGAGGCGUCCUCAUCGGUGCCUGUUCCAGAUGAAUCCUUCGAAUUGGAGAGGAUUCGCUGGAACAUGGAGCGUGAAGCAGCUCGCAUGGAGGACUGGGAGAGGGACCAUCGACGAGGCAUCACUGUUGGCGAGUUUCCCAAGGACAGCCAGCAGAUGUCUGGACACCAUGCCAGCUCCGCGAGCUCCUUUGACUGGCACGAACCCGGCGGAAGAAUUGUCUUCUGA